AUGACUGGGGAGGUGAGGGGAUCUGGCAGUAUUUAUAGUGAUAUUGAUGCCUUCCCCAUUUUGCAGGAUUGCACAGUAGUGAAGAAGACAUUCAAUGAGUGUGAGACACCCAGCAGCCGUCCCUGUUUGUCAGAAGGACUAAGCAGAACCCAGAGCCCCAUUACGGUGCCUCCACCUCACUCACUGAUACAUGAGAGACACAGUGACCAGAAGAUCCUGGAACUCACCAACAAGAUCAUUCAGCUGCUGACUGGAGAGGAGGGGGAGUAUAUAGAGGAACGCAGAGGUCAGUACAAGGACGUGAUGAUGGAGAAUCACUGGCCCCUCACAUCACUGGAUGGGCCCAGUAACAGAGAUACCCCAGAGAGAUGUCCCCGUCCUCUGUAUUCCCAGGAUUGUACAGAGGAGAAUCACAGGAUCCCACAGGAGGAUCAGAGAAGUCACACAGGUGAGAAGCCGUAUUCCUGUUCUGAGUGUGGGAAAUGUUUUGCAUUCAAAUCACAUUUUGAUAUUCAUCAAAAAAACUCACACAGAUGA